AUGCCGCUUAUCUCCGUUAGGGAUUAUGCUGUGGACGUACUCCGUAUCCAGGCGUUUUUGGCCGAGGCUCAAUUCAUGAACCUCCUGGAUGCUUCUGGUUUUGGUGUUGCCACCGACGCUAAGCCCUCAGACAAUGUCUUGGCAUCUGGUCGGAUGGCCGAAUUUUUCUUGCUUGACAUUUAA